AUGGCCCACCAUUCGACGCCCAGUUCCCAGAAGGCCCUGAUGAUGGAGCUGAAGUCCCUGCAGGAGCAGCCAGUGGAGGGCUUCCGCAUCGGCCUGGUGGAGGAGUCGGACCUCUACAACUGGGAGGUGGCCAUCUUUGGCCCUCCCAACACACUGUAUGAGGGAGGCUACUUUAAGGUGAGGCAACUGUGGAGGGGUUGCGUAGGGGUGUAGCAGGUUUGUGCGUGGUGAGCCAACCAUGGAGGAGGGGGGGGGGAGGGUUCGAGGGUGGGAUCCACAACACGCUGCUUUGUUGCCUAGGGGUGUAGCAGGUUUGUGUGUAUGUCUACAGGUGUUUCUCCCUUCAAGCUCGCUCGCUCGCUCUCUCUCUGUCUGUUUCUCUCUCUUCGUGUCUUUCCCACUCACCCCCUCCCUAGCCAGCCUCCUUCCCCCUUGCAGUUUGAUCGUUAUGCUCCAGACUCCUAUUUUUAGCUGUGGACGGAUAUAAAUGGCACCUCAGCAUAGAGCGAGGGAGGAAGACAAGGGCAUGAUGAGAAUCUUCUCCUUUCCCCUGAGUGACUUAUUCAGUGUGGCUAGUCCACCACAUUAGCAUAUAAGUCUGGUGAGAGGGAGCCCACAUCCAGGCCAUAGCAUGCACUCUUCCAACUGGGCAAAAAUGAUUGCAAUGACAUUAAUGCAAUGAUCAUUAUAACAUUUUGUGAGAGACAUCAUGGUCAGGUUGUAAAGGAAAGUUUUGUACAUGUCAAAUCAAAUCAAAUCAAAUUUUAUUGGUCACAUGCGCCGAAUACAACAGGUGCAGACAUUACAGUGAAAUGCUUACUUACAGCCCUUAACCAACAGUGCAUUUAUUUUUAACAAAAAAAGUAAAAAUAAAACAACAACAAAUAAAGUGUUGAGAAAAAAGAGCAGAAGUAAAAUAAAAUAACAGUAGGGAGGCUAUAUAUACAGGGGGGUACCGGUGCAGGGUCAAUGUGCGGGGGCACCGGCUAGUUGAGAUAGUUGAAGUAAUAUGUACAUGUGGGUAGAGUUAAAGUGACUAUGCAUAAAUAAUUAACAGAGUAGCAGCAGCGUAAAAAGGAUGGGGUGGGGGGGCAGUGCAAAUAGUCCGGGUAGCCAUGAUUAGCUGUUCAGGAGUCUUAUGGCUUGGGGGUAGAAGCUGUUGAGGAGUCUUUUGGACCUAGACUUGGCACUCCGGUACCGCUUGCGAUAUACAGUGAGAUAUACAAGGCGGAGACUCAAUCAAGCUAGUCGUCUUGACUUCUUUCUUAUGUCAUUCUCGUUGGCACCAAAAGUGAAAGUGUUGAUAGGGGACAGAAUGUGGUCGAACCAUCAUAUAAUUGGCAUAUACAUUACUCUUUCUGAAUUUCCACGUGGGCGAGGAUAUUGGAAAUGUAAUCAAAGCCUAUUGGAUGAUAACUUGUUUUUAAUUAGGACAGAGGAAUUUAUAACUUAAUUUUUCUGACAUAACAUAGGUACAGCAAAUCCCCUUAUUGUAUGGGACACUUUUAAAUGUGCCUUUAGAGGCCAUGCAAUUCAGUACUCUUCUCGAAAACAAAAGCAAUUUAGGUCAAAAGAGUCCAUACUAACAAAGGAAAUAGAAGGUCUAACAGAACAGAUAGAUAGCAAUAAAAACUAACAGAGGCUCAGAAUAAGUUAGAGGAAAAAUAAAUUGAGGAACUUAUUCAAGAUCAAGUGUAAUAUAUUAUAAAAAAUAAAGCUAACUGGAUGGAAUAUGGGGAAAAAUGCACCAAAUUCUUUUUUAAUCUUCAACAUAGAAAUGCUACAAAAAAUAAUUUACUGAAAUUGGUUACAAAUGACAGAGUAACCCAUAAUUCACCAAAUGAUAUUUUGAAGGAGGAAGCAAAGUACUUUAAGCAUAUGUUUUCGUUUCAGUCGCCUCCCAUCUCCUCUAACUGAAGCUAAUUGUAGGGAUUUUUUUUCUAUUGAUAAUGUAAAAUUAACAGCCAUACAGAAAGACUCAUGUGAAGGUGAAAUUACAGAGGAGGAACUUCUGGAUGCAAUUAAAGACUUUAAGUCCAGGAACACUCCAGGGUUGGAUGGCAUACCAGUUGAGGUAUACCAAACCUUUUUUGAUAUACUCAGAGGACCGUUAUUAGCAUGUUAUAACCACUCCUAUGUAAAUGGUAGAUUAUCAGACACCCAAGAAGAAGGUCUGAUUUCAUUAUUACUGAAACAGAAUACAAGUGGGAAAUAUAAAGAUCCAGUCCAUACACUUACACUUUAGUGUUGUGAUGCAAAAAUUCUAGCAAAAUGUAUAGCGCAUAGAAUUAAAAAGGUAUUGUCGGACAUUAUUCAUUCUAAUCAGACAGGUUUUUUUACAUGGACGAUGGAGAUAAUAUAAGGCAAGUACUGGAAACAAUAGAACACUAUGAAAAAUCUGGGAAACUAGGCCUGCUAUUCAUAGCUGACUUUGAAAAGGCUUUUGAUAAAGUACGGCUGGAGUUUAUAUAUACAUGCCUGGAGCAUUUGAAUUUUGGAGAAUCUCUUAUAAAAUGGGUUUAAAUCAUGUAUAGUAACCCGAGGUGUAAAAUAGUAAAUAAUGGCUAUUUCUCAGAAAGUUUUAAACUGUCGAGGAGUAAAACAAGGUUGUCGACUAUCGGAAUAUCUAUUUAUUAUGGCCAUCGAAAUGUUAGCUAUUAAAAUCAGAUCCAACAAUAAUAUCAAGGGAUUAGAAACCCAGGGCUUAAAAACAAAGGUGUCAUUGUAUGCUGAUGAUUCAUGUUUUCUUUUAAAUCCACAAUUUGAAUCCCUCCACAGCCUCAUAGAGGAUCUAGAUACAUUUUCUAACCCCUCUGGAUUACAACCAAAUUAUGAUAAAUGUACUAUAUUACGUAUUGGAUCACAAAAAAAUAAAACAUGUACAGUGGGGAAAAAAAGUAUUUAGUCAGCCACCAAUUGUGCAAGUUCUCCCACUUAAAAAGAUGAGAGAGGCCUGUAAUUUUCAUCAUAGGUACACGUCAACUAUGACAGACAAAUUGAGAAAAAAAAAUCCAGAAAAUCACAUUGUAGGAUUUUUAAUGAAUUUAUUUGCAAAUUAUGGUGGAAAAUAAGUAUUUGGUCAAUAACAAAAGUUUCUCAAUACUUUGUUAUAUACCCUUUGUUGGCAAUGACACAGGUCAAACGUUUUCUGUAAGUCUUCACAAGGUUUUCACACAUUGUUGCUGGUAUUUUGGCCCAUUCCUCCAUGCAGAUCUCCUCUAGAGCAGUGAUGUUUUGGGGCUGUCGCUGGGCAACACGGACUUCCAACUCCCUCCAAAGAUUUUCUAUGGGGUUGAGAUCUGGAGACUGGCUAGGCCACUCCAGGACCUUGAAAUGCUUCUCACGAAGCCACUCCUUCGUUGCCCGGGCAGUGUGUUUGGGAUCAUUGUCAUGCUGAAAGACCCAGCCAUGUUUCAUCUUCAAUGCCCUUGCUGAUGGAAGGAGGUUUUCACUCAAAAUCUCACGAUACAUGGCCCCAUUCCUUUACACGGAUCAGUCGUCCUGGUCCCUUUGCAGAAAAACAGCCCCAAAGCAUGAUGUUUCCACCCCCAUGCUUCACAGUAGGUAUGGUGUUCUUUGGAUGCAACUCAGCAUUCUUUGUCCUCCAAACACGACGAGUUGAGUUUUUACCAAAAAGUUCUAUUUUGGUUUCAUCUGACCAUAUGACAUUCUCCCAAUCCUCUUCUGGAUCAUCCAAAUGCACUCUAGCAAACUUCAGACGGGCCUGGACAUGUACUGGCUUAAGCAGGGGGACACGUCUGGCACUGCAGGAUUUGAGUCCCUGGCGGCGUAGUGUGUUACUGAUGGUAGGCUUUGUUACUUUGGUCCCAGCUCUCUGCAGGUCAUUCACUAGGUCCCCCCGUGUGGUUCUGGGAUUUUUGCUCACCGUUCUUGUGAUCAUUUUGACCCCACGGGGUGAGAUCUUGCGUGGAGCCCCAGAUCAAGGGAGAUUAUCAGUGGUCUUGUAUGUCUUCCAUUUCCUAAUAAUUGCUCCCACAGUUGAUUUCUUCAAACCAAGCUGCUUACCUAUUGCAGAUUCAGUCUUCCCAGCCUGGUGCAGGUCUACAAUUUUGUUUCUGGUGUCCUUUGACAGCUCUUUGGUCUUGGCCAUAGUGGAGUUUGGAGUGUUACUGUUUGAGGUUGUGGACAGGUGUCUUUUAUACUGAUAACAAGUUCAAACAGGUGCCAUUAAUACAGAUAACGAGUGGAGGACAGAGGAGCCUCUUAAAGAAGAAGUUACAGGUGUGUGAGAGCCAGAAAUCUUGCUUGUUUGUAGGUGACCAAAUACUUAUUUUCCACCAUCAUUUGCAAAUAAAUUCAUUACAAAUCCUACAAUGUGAUUUUCUGGAUUUUUAUUUCUCAAUUUGUCUGUCAUAGUUGACGUGUACCUAUGAUGAAAAUUACAGGCCUCUCAUCUUUUUAAGUGGGAGAACUUGCACAAUUGGUGGCUGACUAAAUACUUUUUUUCCCCACUGUACAUUACCGUGUAGUUUACCAAUAAAAUGGUCUGAUGGUGAUGUGGAUAUACUCGGUAUACAUAUCCCAAAAUAAAUAAAUGAUCUCACUCCAAUACAUUUUAAUAGAAAGUUAGCAAAAAUAGAUAAGAUCUUGCUACCAUGGAAAGGUAAAUACCUGUCUAUUUGUGGAAAAAUCACCCUAAUUAACUCUUUAGUAUUAUCCCAGGCGCCUCACAGGUCCUCAACUGGCAGCUUCAUUAAAUAGUACCCGCAAAACACCAGUCUCAACGUCAACAGUGAAGAGGAGACUCCGGGAUGCUGACCUUCUAGGCAGAGUUGCAAAGAAAAAGCCAUAUCUCAGACUGGCCAAUAAAAAGAAAAGAUUAAGAUGGGCAGUCUGAGAUAUGUAUUUUUCUUUGCAUCUCUGCCUAGAAGGUUAGCAUCCCGGAGACGCCGCUUCACUGUUGACGUUGAAACUGGUGUUUUGCGUGUACUAUUUAAUGAAGCUGCCAGUUGAGGACCUGUGAGGCGCCUGUUUCUCAAACUAGACACUCUAAUGUAUUUGUCCUCUUGCUCAGUUGUGCACUGGGGCCUCCCACUCCUCUUUCUAUUCUGGUUAGAGCCAGUUUGCGAUGUUCUGUGAAGGGAGUAGUACACAGUGUUGUACGAGAUCUUCAGUUUCUUGGCAAUUUCUCGCAUUGGAAUAGCCUUCAUUUCUCAGAACAAGAAUGGACUGACGAGUUUCAGAAGAAAGUUAUUUGUUUCUGGCCAUUUUGAGCCUGUAAUCGAACCCACAAUUGCUGAUGCUCCAGAUACUCAACUAGUCUCAAGAAGGCCAGUUGUAUUGCUUCUUUAAUCAGCACAACAGUUUUCAGCUGUGCUAACAUAAUUGGAAAAGGGUUUUCUAAUGAUCAAUUAGCCUUUUAAAAUGAUAAACUUGGAUUAGCAAACACAACGUGCCAUUGGAACACAGGACUGAUGGUUGCUGAUAAUGGGCCUCUGUACGCCUAUGUAGAUAUUCCAUUUAAAAUCAGCAGUUUCCAGCUACAAUAGCCAUUUACAACAUUAACAAUGUCUACACUGUAUUUCUGAUCAAUUUUAUGUUAUUUUAAUGGACAAAAAAAUUACUUUUCUUUCGAAAACAAGGACAUUUCUCAGUGACCCCAAACUUUGAACAGUAGUGUAUAUGUAUUUAUAUGUAUGUAUGUGUAUAUAUAGAUAUAUAUAUUUGCGCAAAAAUAUAUGGGGGAUUGGAAGUGAUGCAGACCGUUACAUUGAUGGAAGUUACAAUCUAUCUGCAAUAUUAAAGCUGAUCUACCCCCUUUAAAAAAAAAAGAUUUAAAAGAUUUAAAAAAGAAAUGUGACGUCUUUCUGAGGAACAAAGAUGUUAUGUGACUAAUCUAGUUACAUGACGUCUUCUCAACCAGAAAACCGGUUUACAAGUAGAGAACGACCGAUCUAGGCUUUUUAGGGUCGAUACCGAUCUUUGGGUCUCAAGGAGGCCGAUAUUCAAUAUAAUGAAAUUUGCCAGAAACAGCCAUGUAUGCAUUAAUGAAUCAAUUUUAAAAUCAAACAAUACAUUUGACUUUGUUGUUACCAAUCUAACUACAUAGCAACAUCAUGGUAAUAAUUUUAUUUGAAUGGUAAAUCUCUUGAUAGACUGGGUAAAUGUAAGAUUGCAUAGGCCUACUCACAAUACAGGUGAAUGAAUAUUCAAUAGGAGUGUGUGCAUGCAUUGAGUUACUGAGCUUGUUUUGGCUGAUCAGUGGAGUCUAUGGUGCUACAGAUGGCAAACAAUCUGUUUGCCUUCCAUUUGGGACUUAUAUUAGCCUACUGAUCAACAACAUUUGCACAGAAGCAACACUCCAGCAUGUCACGCCUGUAUUGAAGGACAUAUAGACACUGCUGUUAGUUUGAGAAUAUAAAAUAACAUCUAUUCAAUGGAAAUUGGUCCAACAUAACGUCAUGAUUUGUGAUCACAGAUAGUAUUUUUAUUAUUUUUCCGUGAUCGGGAAAAAUGAUUCUUUUCAGCUGUGAGGAUGCAUCUCUAAACAACUCAGCUGCCAGGACGAAUUUAGAAACAACUAAAUUGGCUAGUUCAGAUAUCUGUUAAGAAAUGGGCAGGUUGUAACUUGAUCCUACUGCUACGAUUGGAUAGAGCGAGGCUGUAACUCCGCUCCCUUUCACAUCUCCUCACAACUCUCUCCAUUGCUCAUAUCACUUGCUGCUGUUUACUGCUACUAUGAGAACUAGGUCAAUGACGAUGACAUUUGCUACCAAGCCAUAAAUGUGCAUAAUAUCUAACAGGGAGAGCGAGGGUAGGAAAAAAUAUUAAACGACGAUGCACGUUCUGUCUGAAUGACUCAAAUCUGCCCAUAGUUUGAGAAGUGAGAAUGCACGCACGCUCGCUGAUCUAAAGCUUUCUUGGUCUAUAAACAUGCAGGAAGAUUCUUAGGUAGCUAAACCUAUUGUCAACCUUUUAUUUAGGCAUUUAAAAACACUUACUACGUUCCCUGUUACGACAAUCAUCUAAUCCAACUAUUAACUGUCAAUUUACGUAUAUGAUUGUGGCUGGUCAGAUCAGCACACCAGUAAAUACCUAACUUUACACCGCAAGACAGAUGGCUCGUUGCCAAAAAGGGUGCAUGUUCAAAAUGAUAACCAGCUAACAUUAGCUAGCUACGUUGGCUAUUAGCUCCUAUCUGAUCUUAGCAACAUGAUUAUCUAGUCAACUAGCUAGCAUAGUAGCUAAUAUAGCUAGCUAACACCACAGAUGAAAGGGUUAGUUAGCUAUGUGACCUGUUAUCCUAAUAUUUGCUAUCUGCUUAGCUACCAAGCUUUCUUGCUUAUUGCAUGCAUGUCCGGGCACGUAGACACGAGCCUUAUUAGUGAAUAAACAAAACUAAUAUUUGUAACAGGUGUUCAAUUUUGGUCACUGUGUCAAUUAAUCAAUUUCUCAAUACUGCACAUUUCUGUUGGAGAAUGAGCUAGCUUGCUGCUUCUGCUGAUUUUCCAAGCUAGACAUUCCUCAGCAUUGUGCAGUGCUCAGGUGGUGAGUGGUGGCUGGCAUAGCAGCAGUUUUGCUAUGUAGCGGGACAAUCGGCAAAGCUGAUACAGAAGGCCCGAUAGACUACAAAAGGGCAAUAUCGGCCCGAUUAUAUCGGCUCGGCCGAUUAUCGGUUGUUCUCUAUUUACAAUCAUAAAAUACUUUGUUUAACUAGCGGUAAAGGUGUGGGUAUAACAGGAAGGCUACUGUUUGCACAUGUUAAAAGUGCUCUGUUUAGUAAAAAAUAUAUAUAGGGUCCGUACAGGGACCUGAUCCAAAAGGGAAGCAGUGAAGAGUAUCAGAAGUAAAGCUCACACCGACCUUGUCAUGUCUGCACAGGGCAUGUUUUGAAACGGUGAUAAUGCUAUCUGCUUGGAAGCAGAGCAGUGCCUCUCCCCAAAGGGCUGGGCUGCUGGACAGAAUGUUCUCACGCUUUUUUUGUGGUUUCACUUUGAUAGUGGAUUCAUUUAUAAAGUGGGUUACACACGGUGGAGAUAUGCAGUAUAGUAGUGUCCAAUUGAAUGGCUAUGAUAGUGUGAUGAUGGCACAGGUUUGGAAUUUAGCACAUAUACCAAGCUCUCUCUCUCGAACUGGCUUUUGCGGAGUCAGCACAGAGGAGGCGAUUGAGGAAUACAUUUACUCACAGACCUCCAUGCCCGCUCAUACAUACACACACACACACAGACACACUUGGCCCCCAAUAGCUCAUACACACUAACAUGACAGACAAACUAGGGGAUCAUUAUUAUGCUCUCCGAAUUGUAUCCUCCUGUAGCUCAGUUGGUAGAGCAUGGCGCUUGCAACGCCAGGGUUGUGGGUUCGAUUCCCAUGGGGGGCCCAGUAUGAAAAAUGUAUGCACUCACUAACUGUAAGUCGCUCUGGAUAAGAGCGUCUGCUAAUGACUUAAAUGUAAAUGUAAAAUGGAUCCAACUGUAAUUGUCAGGGUUAUUUGGCUUUAAUAAAUGGAAUUAAAUAUGUUUGAAGCUGAUGGCCAUUUCUGUUGUCUCUAUCAGUCUCACAUCAAGUUCCCCAUCGACUACCCCUACUCCCCUCCGACCUUCCGUUUUCUCACCAAGAUGUGGCAUCCCAACAUCUAUGAGGUAAAUGUAUUCCCAAAGUAUAUGAAUCCAAACAUAUUUCAAGAGUUUUCGCCAUCCAGAAGUUGACUGGUUUUUGUGUUUCAACAGAACGGCGACGUGUGCAUCUCCAUCCUCCACCCUCCCGUCGACGACCCCCAGAGCGGGGAGCUCCCCUCAGAGAGGUGGAACCCCACCCAGAACGUCAGGUACCUCAACUCGCUCCAAACCUCGUAUUCAUUCAUUAUGGCAUGCAACCGAAAACGUUAAAAAAUGUUUAGCUACGGAAUACAAAAAUAAGCUAUUUUUAUUGGCAAAAAAAAUAAAAAAUGUGCUGCCUAAUGAGUACACUUCUGGCUCAACCACAAAGCUCAAACACUUUCAGAUACUCAAGGUGUGCUUGAUGGAACAGUUGAAUCAAGCGAAUAGUCCCAAAAGGGCAAACAUUGCCCACCCUACACACCGGUAUUUCAAAUUAUUUCACAUUUGUAUUUGACCUAAGUCAGUCUAUCGCACUUCACGUUUUUACCCAUUUUGAGCAAAUAUUUUUAAAAAGACUAUCAACUUUUAACUAUACAUUGAAACAAAUGACAGAGGACUAAACAGGCAGAAAAACCCAUUGACAUCACAACCUACCAGAUCUUUGGGGGAGACCAAAAGACAAUAUGGAGUGUCAUCAUAAUGCCUCAAUUGCGUGUCAAAGGUUUAAAGUGCAGAGCUAAGGAGUAGACACAGUCCCUAACAACAGUCAAAGUGCCAAAAAGAUUACACAUGCCAGUCGUCGAGACACUUUCUCAACCCCCGGGGCAGGUUGAAAGUGCUGAGUGUGUGUUUAACCAAACAUCCAGAGAGGAAGUAGCAUCUAAUGGGUGAAAUGGUGAGGUAACAUUGCUGUCACAAAGGAAGUCAGCUCAAAUAACAACCACUCAAGGAAAUCAAGUAAAGCCACAUUACUUAGAAGGUAAGGUAAAGGACCCAUUUGUAAAUGAAAUAGUCAGGUAAUAGGUAUGUUUUAGAGGACAUCAAGUCAAAUUAGUAACUUGUGUUUGUACAGGACCAUCUUGUUGAGUGUGAUCUCUCUGCUGAACGAGCCCAACACGUUCUCACCGGCCAACGUGGACGCCUCAGUUAUGUUCCGCAAGUGGAGAGACAGCAAGGGCAAGGACAAGGAAUAUGCCGAGAUUAUCAGGUAGGAAGAACACACACACACUAACCCAACCAUUUGAUUUACCUUUUUCACAACAAAGUUGGCCUACCUCCACACACACAUAGUCAAACAGUGAGUGAACCCUUUGCGAUGUCUCUCUCCCCAACCCCCCUCCCCUCUUCCACAGGAAGCAGGUGGUGUCCACGGUGGCGGAGGCGGAGCGUGACGGUGUCAAGGUUCCCACCACGCUGGCUGAGUACUGCGUCCAGACCCGGGUUCCCUCCCAGGACAGCAGCUCAGACCUGCUCUACGACGACCUCUAUGAUGACGAUAUGGAGGAGGAGGAAGAGGAGGAUGAAGAGGAGGAGGAGAGCGACAUGGAGUCAGGAGGAGAGGCAGGAGGGACCAGUGGAGGAGAAGGAGGGGUCACUACUGGCUGCUAUGACGACGACCAGGAGGAUUCUGGGAACGAGGACUCUUGA